AAGACCUCUGACCCCUGCUCUCUCUAUAUUAACGUGGCAUAAACACUUAGCUUCCAGAUGAGCAUUUUCUCCCUCCUCUGCCUAUAAGAGAGACAGGUUUCUGUACCUAUUGCUCUGAACUUGUACUACAAACCAUGCUUCUGUCCAGGGCAGUGGCUAUAGCCCUUGUAAUGCUUCUCAGCACCAGUUUCUCUGAAGUGAGUGCGAAGACAAUUGAAAAGAGACACAUCCGUCGUGACUGGCUGGUCAUCCCUGACACAAUUGCAUAUUACAUAUAUGAAUCCGUGAACAAAUUGUCUCCUACAGUUGGGCAGUUCUUGGCAGAUGUUGUUCAGAUGCCAGUCAUUGCUGAGCCCAGGAACUUUUUGAUCAAGGAAACCGCUAAAAUCACUGUGAUGGCUGAACAACUGGUGGAAAAAAUAAAGGGUGUGUGGAAGAAUGGGGAAGCCUAAGUAGCGGGAUCAAGACAAGUCACAGUCUCUGAAUGUGUAGCCAGUUUUCGACAGUGUCCUCUCUCCCUAUGGACUGAGCAGAAUAUUCCUCAUAUUCCCCAAUAUUGCCACUAGAGGGGGUGGAAGCUUUAAAGACUAGAGAAUCCAUAACCUUGAAGAAAAAAAUGUGGUACUAAUAACAGAGCUGCCAAGUAGCUGUAUCUCUGUAGCUGUUUAGGAAGCCAAUUUCUCCUUUAAUAGUAUAGCACUUUCUAAUAAAACUUUAAUUGCAUUACAGUU